AUCUCUCUAAAACUAUUUCCUCGUGCAUAAAUAACUAACGCUUGCCUUCAUUUUCACGCUGAGUAUCAUUCGUACUUCGCACGGAGAUCUGAGCCUUUUCGUUCCAUUGCAGGCACCUUUCUUCCCCUGUGCUCUCUGUCUCACCUCUGUUCGUCGUUUCAGAAGCGUUAAGGAGAGCCACCAUUCUUUUGUUGCGUGCGAUCGACCUGUUUUGCCUUAUUAAGAAACUGUUAUGGCACAUCCUACAGAGCAGUCAGAAAAAAUCCCUGCUGUCCAGAAGCCGCCUCUUAAUGAAAGGAUACUCUCUUCCAUGACUAGAAAAAAUGAUGCUGCUCAUCCUUGGCAUGAUCUUGAGAUAGGACCUGGAGCACCCAAGAUCUUCAACUGUGUGGUCGAAAUAAGUAAGGGCAGUAAAGUGAAAUACGAGCUUGACAAGAAAACUGGUCUAAUCAAGGUUGAUCGAGUUCUUUACUCAUCUGUUGUAUACCCUCAUAACUAUGGCUUCAUACCCCGCACACUCUGUGAAGACAGUGACCCAAUGGAUGUGUUGGUCAUUAUGCAGGAGCCAGUUCUUCCAGGAUGCUUUCUAAGGGCUAAAGCUAUCGGCCUCAUGCCUAUGAUUGAUCAGGGUGAGAAAGAUGACAAGAUAAUUGCUGUCUGUGCUGACGAUCCUGAAUACCGUGAUUAUACGGACAUUAAAGAGCUUCCGCCCCAUCGCUUGGCUGAAAUCCGCCGUUUUUUUGAAGACUACAAGAAAAAUGAGAACAAGGAUGUUGCUGUUGAUGAAUUUCUGCCAGCCACCAAUGCUUAUGACGCUAUACAGCUCUCCAUGGACUUGUAUGCAAACUAUAUUGUGGAGAGUCUGAGGCGCUAAUCGGACAAUCGAUGUGGUUAGAUAUUUUCUGCACGGUUUGUUGACCUAUGCGUAAUAUUCAAAAACUGAUCCAUAUAUAGUAGUAUAGUACUUUGAUGAAGACAAACUAUCGUAAUAGACCGACAGGUCUAAAUCAAAGGUGAUGGUGAAAACCAAAUUUAUACCUCCCCAUGUAAAAAAUUUACUGCAAUGUUACUGCAGCUGUGCAGCAGAUCUCAAUUUUUCUUCGGUGCA